AUGGAAUCAUGGGCAGGCGCUUCUUCCGACGCGGUGCGCUUGCCCGGCAAUGGCACCACUUCCAUCGAGGAUUUGCUCGCCGGGGUGACGUGGGUUCGGGAUUUAACCGAUGCAAGCCUUGCAGUGGAGCGUGUGCACAAUGCAUUCGUGCAGGUAAUCUUUAGUGUCCUGCCAGAGGACAAUGUCGACGACAGUGAUGUCGCCCAUCGCUUCGUGACUGCGGCGGAGCGACAAAGAAAGGCGGAGCGCGCCCGUCGUCUGCGCGAGGAGGCACGUCGUGAAUUGGAGAAUCUGCGCGAUGACCUGGUGAGCGGCUCUGACGACUCGGAGCAGCGCAGUGAGGACGAGGAGGACCUGAGCCUUGACGAGACGAAUCUGGUCGACCUUGAAACGAACGAGUUCAUGCGCUGGAUUGAAGCCGGCGCCUCCGGUAGCUUUUCCCUGUCGCGGCAUCAAACUGAUGAGGAGGCCUUGCGCGACGACCUCGAGUUCAAGUUGGAGCAGACAGGGCUUGGCAAGUCAACGGAAUCCGCUGUGCGGGAGGCAUGUCCGGAGCGACUCAAAGAGGUGCUUGUGGAGCCUCGAAUGCUUCCGGACGGUAGUGUGUGCGAAUUCUCUCCCCAGUGCGAGGUUUACUGGGUGCUACGUCAGCUGCGCAAUGCUGGUCAGCCCUUCGCACACAAUACGCGCAUCUGCGCCCUCGCCAGUCGUCCGCUCUCCGAGAUUGUCGACGAGCCGGUGGUGGUCGCGCUGGGGUAUGCACUGCAGAAGAUGACGGUAGAGCACUAUGAGCCUGGUCACCUCAUGGUGUAUCACCAGACACCCCUGCACCCACUCCUGUGCGCUUUGCUGGAAGGGUCGGUGCUGACCGAAGACGCCAGGCACACCAUCGCACCGGCAUCCUACGCGUACAAUGUCACCACUGGCCAGCGCCAGGAGCCCGCUAUCGGCGAAACCUAUGUCGGAUUCGACGCCGUAGCACGCCACUCGAUUGGCGAAGGCGACCCGCUAUGGUAUGGCGAGCGACGCGAGCGCCAUUACGCCCAGCGCAAACCGUGCUUCAUCGAGCUUGGCCGCCUCCUUGUCCGUCUCGUGGAGCUGAACCGCCUGUUUCGCGGCCUGGAAUACCGUCGGCAGCGCAUGAUUGCCUCACUUAAGGACCACCCGGAUGCUCGUGUGCAGGAUCAGCGGACGAUCCUCAGCUCCCUCGUAUUCGAGAGCGCAGUGGAGGCGGAUAUUUGGCUGACCUUUGUAGACAGCCUUCAGGGUCUGCACGGCACCGACCCCUACCUGCGCAUUCGAGAGCUCGGUCUCGAGGAUGCCUUUGAAGAAUUCAGCAUUACCGGCCUGCAGUAUCAGGAGAAUCUGCGGUCCAACACGGCUGUGACGCUGUGUCCGAGCAAUGCGCACAUGAGCCUGCGCGACUGGGCUGCAAAUGUCGGCCGCACGCUGGCCCGGUCACUCGAUGGUGAGCAGAUUCUGUCCUUGUUCACUAAAGCACUGGUAUCGCAGUUCUCCAAGGCGCCGAUACUAGCGAAUAUGGUGGUGGAUGUCUUCUGCGCCGAGGGCGACCUUAUCGUCAGCUACAAGCGCUCGGAGCGUGCUGACCAGAUCUUCUCGCUGGCCAGCAUGUUCACGGAGCACGCGCAGUACUUUCUUGAGCUUCUCGAGAUGGAGCACAAUGACCUUGUGAAGCUGUACUUUGUGCUAGAUCAGAAACUCGUCUACGACAUCCUCAACCUCGAAGGCCUCUACCAACGCCGCGAAGACACGGACUGGUGGCGCGCGCGCGACGAGGCUAUGAGCUUCGUUGUAAUUCGCCUGUUGGAGGUGCUUCCGACGCAGGUGCGUGCUCAGCUCACCGCAAACGCCGAGUACGUCGUGAGCGCGUCGUCGGCGCAGCGCCUCAGUACGUUCUGUGCACAGGGUUCGUACGCCGCGACUCGACUGCAGCUCAGCGACUUCGACGGCGCCGCGCGAGUGUGGGAGCCUCAGUGGAACGUAGUGGAAGCCCUCCCCGCAACGAAAGACGCGCACGACCUCAGCCGCGUCUGUGCAGUGUAUCGGGGCAACAGCGGCGUAACGGCCUUUACCUUCAUUGACGAACAUGGAACAGUACUGGGCACGACACGUUGGGUGGACUGUGCUGUGUCGACAGUGAGCGGGCGUGAGCGGGCGGUGCUGCAGGCAAUACAAUUGCGGAAGCUGUUCACGCAGUGCCGGCCUACGGUGGUGGCCAUCGGCGCCUCCUCCACCGCGUGCCUGCCGCUGUUGCGCACCCUCGAGAAGUUUGUGCGCGAGCAGAUCCACCAGAGCACAUUUGUUGACGUGCCGGUUGUGUGGGCAAGUGUGGAGGUGCCGCGGUACUACAGCGUGACCACAUAUGCGCGGUUAGAACUGCCACAAGCGGAGAACAUUGUGGUGACGAGCAUUGCUCUUGCCCGCUACGUGCAGGACCCGCUGCAGGUGUUGUGCUCCUUGUUCGAGAGUGAGCAGACGGCGCUGCAGCUGUGCCGCACGAUGCGCAUCUCCCCCUCGCACGACCGCCAGCUCUACCAGCGCCUGGCGUGGGAAAUGAGUCUGUGGGUGGCGGCGGUGGGCCUGUGGGUCAGCGAUGUCGUGUUCCGUCCCAAUGCAGCCGCGAUGCUGCAGUUUGUACCCGGCCUCGGCCCCGCCAAAGCGCGGGCGUUGGCCAGCUCCAUCCUUUGCUCGGACGUCCCGCAAAGCCGACGGCACGUGGAGCAGCUUCUGCAGCAAUACGGGGCCGCUAUCGUGCAAAACGCCGCACCGGUGCUGCGUGUUCGCUCCCCGGAGCAGUGCGACGGGGAGCUCCCGUGGCACCCUCUCGAUGCAACCCUGAUUCCGUCGCCGUGGUACACGAUCGCUUGCAUGGUGGCAAAGGCCACUGCCCCCUCAUCGACGCUGCCCGCAGAGGCAUUGCUGGUGGGGCUGCUUGAGAUGGCGCAGGAGGAGCGCCGGGCUGCACUGUACCGUGUCGACGUGCCUGCUGUGAUGGCCAAGGUCAAGGCGAGUGAGACAGUACCGGCGGACAUGGGCCGUCGUGAAGUGGAGUUCAUGGUGGACGAACUUGUUGCCAAUGGCCGCUCCUUUAUGCGCCGCCCGUAUCGCCGUCUCACCAACGUAGAGUUUAUGAGUUGCAUUACCGGCAUCACGUACCUCUCCAGUGCUGACGUCAACGCACUGUCGAAGGGAGCAGGGGCGGGAAGCGGCAGCGGCAGUGGUGGCACCUUCGUGGUGCGCGAGGGUGACUACAUUACGGGUACAGUCACCAACUUGCAGGGCGGCUCCACACCUGGUAUCCGCCUGGCCACCUCGCGCGGCGUGACCGCCUUUAUCGCAGCAGCGGAUAUCCGCGAUGAGGCAAUGCGCGUCGACCUUCUCGAGUACAUUCGUAGGACUGAGCAGCUGCGGGACUGGGCUCGCCAUGAAAAUGGUGAUGGACGUCCGCCGGAGCGAGUGGAGGCUCCUGUGUGGCUUCGACGCGGUGCUCUCCUGCAAGGCACGGUGCGCCGCUGUGUCUGGGCGCGCUGUGAGCUGCAUCUGCAGUGGUGCUCCCCACGCGAGGAGCUGGCGGUGGCAAGCGACGGCAAUGGUGAAGGGGAGACGGCCAUGCCGUCGUACGGCAACAUGGAACGCGGCGCCAGCAGCAGCGUGAACUCGCUGAACACGACGCAGGUGGAGCAGCAAGUGCGCGUGUUCGCGACUAAGAUGUCGCGCCACCCGCUCUUCCGCGACGUCUCCAAAAAAGGUGCAGCCAACAUGCUACGCGACAAGGAGAUCGGCGAGUCGCUUCUGCGUCCGCGCACCGCGAGUGUGCACCGGCUCGUGUGUGAGGUGAAGGUCGGCGGCAACGCUACCAACCACUGGGUCAUCUCCGAGGAGCGUCGCGCGAAUGGGCAGUUCUACUACAAGGUUGAGGAUCGCGUCGUGGAUCGACAGUGGGAGUUCACAGACGUGGACGACUUCCUGUGCAACUUUGUGGAACCGAUGGUGAAGCGCAUCCAAUCGAUUCGCGCGCAUCGCCGAUUUGAGGACAGCGCCGAAUACGUGCAGGCCGCGCUCGACGCUCAACGAGAAGUGAGCGGGGGCUUCGCCUACGUCUUCACCGAGACGGAGAGCAAACGACACCUUUACCGAGUGUACUCGAGCGGUGGUAACGAGACGUACGACUUCCCGCUACACAUCACAGGCGAGUUCAUCUACAUUCGCCUGCCGUUUUUCCACGAUGGGAAGCCGACCAACAAGUGGGUGCCUUGCAAGAGUGCGGAGAAGGUAAGUGAGACGGUGAAGAACUACGCCCGCGCGAUGAGCAAGCGGCCAGAGAGUGGUUAG